AUGACUCAAGUCUUAUGCGAUGAAGCUGAACGGUUGACACAAAAACAGAGUGAUUGUCCACUGUGGUACGAACUCCGAUAUGGGAGGAUUACAGCUUCUAAAUUGUACGAAGCAGCACAUUGUACAAGAGAUAGUGGAUCGUUUGUUAAACAGAUAACAGGAGCGAGUAAAAUACAUGAAACAAGUGCAAUGUUACGAGGAAAGAACUUGGAAAAACUAGUUCUGUCAGAAGUAGAGCGCGAACUAGGUACACAAAUAAGGAAUGCUGGACUGUAUCUAUUGCCAAAUUAUCCAGCUCUCGGUGCAUCACCUGAUGGUAUAACCAACGAAUACAUCGUAGAAAUAAAAUGUCCUUCAAAUAAAAAAACAUUGGAAAAUUUCUUGUCGAAAGAUAAAAUUAUCAAUCCUAAGUACAUAGCACAUAUGCACUUACAAAUGUUAGCUACAGGAAGGAAAAAAGGAUUAUUUUGUGUGGCUGAUUCGGCUUUUGAAAGUACGAAAACAGUACAAAUGCAAUGGCUUACAUACGAUUCAGAAGUAGCACAGGAUUUAAUCGAAAAGUCAAUGCUGUUUUGGAAAAAAAAUAUAUUUCCAUUGCUAAUAUCUUCUGUACAGAAAUAA